UUCACUUAAAAACUAACCUAAAAAAAGAAGCAUUCCGAAAAGUUAUUGUGUGUGCGGUGAACAUUGUUUUCUCUUUGAUUGUUAUAAUAUUAAUAAUUCUAGAAUUUAAAAUGGAAAACGCAGAGGAAAUUUACCACUAUCUAGAAGAAUUUUCAAAACGCAAGCCUAAAGUGAUACCGCAAGAACUAAAUGAAUACUUGGCGUACGUUGCCCGUACCGGUGAUCCAGUGUACCAAUGGUCUCUUGUAAAAAGUUUGUUCAAAGAGAAAUUACUAACCGUCAUCACAGAAUUCUAUGAAACAAGCCCAGGUAUCGAUAUUCCACCUUAUCCUAAUGUAGAUCCUUUUAAUUUUGACAUAAUGAAAAACAGUUUACUUGAACGUCUGGAUUCUUUCACAUCGGCGCCAUUUACUGUACAAAGAAUUUGCGAAUUACUCACGUAUCCACGUAAACAGUACAAUCGCGUUGACAAGUUUAUGAGAGCCAUUGAAAAGAAUAUUUUAGUUGUAAGUACUAGGGAGCCUGGUGUGCAGCGUCAUCCCGAACCAGAAAAUGGAGAGCCAGUUGUAAACGGUUCUGACAAUAAUUCGGAGUACAAUGUGGAUGUUGAAAUGGAAGACAUGUCUUGGAAAGAAAAUGCUGAGCAACAAACCACUGAACCACAGCCAGGUUCGUCUGAUGCACAUAUUUCUGUAGAUGAUAUUGAAGCAAGACUGAAAGCUAAACAAGAUGCAGCAAUGGAUGUUCAAGAGAAGAGUACAGCUCAGUAUGAAUCUGUGACACCUCCAGAAUUGAAUGUUACAGCAGACGAACCAGCGGAUAUUCAAGAGAAAUCAAAUGAUGCACCACAAAGUUCUACAGCAGAUAUUAAAGAACAUAAGAUGGACACUGAUAAUGUAGAUUCAACAGAAAAAUCCAAAUCAGAUACAGAUGUAAAAUCUGAGGUGGCAGAUAAUCCUACAGGAUUAAUUAUACCUGAGAUAAAAGUUGAUGAUGUUGAUAUUACUGAAGAAAAGCUUCGAGCACAAUCUGCAAAUAUGGAUAACAUUACAGAGCCGAAUGUGGAAAAAGAAACAUCCGCUGAGGCUGAAAAUAAGAAUGAAACGCCAUCUCAACCUAUUAUGACAGUUGAUGAAAAUAGUAUGGAUUCAAAGGACAAACCAGAAAUAAAAAUAAUAGCUGAAGUAUCUUCUUCGAGUGAAGAUAGUUCCUCGUCAAGUGAUAAUAUGGAUAGUUCUAGCAAUUCACCAAAGCCUGAGACACAUAUCAACACUCAUGAGGUAAGCCAAAAUGAAAAAAAUUCACAAGAAAAUACCGAACCACAGACUCAAAUAAUAUUGCCUGUCAGAGAAACUGAUCCAAAUAUUGGAAAAGUGGCAUUAGAAUCAGACAACUAUUCAAUAUCAGAUGUCAAUUCCGUUUUGACAGAACCACAGGUUGAAAUAACUAAGGUUCAAGAUAACACUUCAAAUGAAGAAGAUAAAAAUGCAACAUCAAAUGAAAUAGAAUACAAAGAAGAGCAAAAGGAUGAAGUAUCUGAAAAUUCAGAUCCUGAUAAAAAAUCAUAAAUGAUAUAUUAUCACAAUACUUAAAAUUAUAAUAAUUAAUCUGUGACUGUUAGUUUGUAAGUAGUAUAAUAUUUAACAAUGUAAUAUUUGGUCCCAAUAAAAUGCAUUUUUUAUGUUCAUGAUGCAGAUUUUUUCAAA